UUCUCUUUCCCUUCCUCCCAAAUAGCACGAAAAUGCAGUUAUUUCAAAUGAAAGGAAAAGAAAGGAGAGGAAAUGACUGAAAUUUCUGACCUCGGGAAAAAUCUGAAUCCUUUCUCUUCUCUGGAUUAUCAUAAGUGCGCGGAUUUGUUGAUUGAAAUGUUUUAUAUUCUCAUCGCCGGAUCAAUUUGACGUUCGAUUGCAUUUCUCGGUAUAAUAAUUUUGUGUUAUAGCGACGAAGAAACAAAUCAUGAAGACGAUGGCGGAUGGGAUACAGGAUCUAAUCCGGGAAGCGAAGCUUCGGACGGUGUGGUGGAUGCUCUGUAUUUUCACUGUGACUUAUUUCUUGACGCAUACGAGUAAAUCCAUGGUAAUGAAUGUUCCGGUUGCUAUCCUCCUUGUUGCUGGAAUGAGGAUACUAUUUAAUGAGGUGGAUUUCCAGUGGAAGGUUCGAAAUGUCCGAGCAACAUCUUACUUGUCACUCUUAGAAAAGAAGCAGCUAUCUGCAAAUGACUCGCGGCUCUCUACCAAGCCGCCCUCGCCACAAGAGUGGAAGAGAAAGAUAGACUCCCCUGUUGUUGAAGCUGCUCUUGAGGAAUUCGUAAACAAGGCUCUGACUGAGUUUGUCAUAGACUUGUGGUAUUCAGAUAUCACACCUGACAAGGACGCGCCAGAGCUCAUACAUGCUAUAAUCAUGGAAGUUUUUGGUGAUAUAGCUGGAAGACUCAAAGAAGUGAACCUUGUAGAGCUGCUAACAAGGGAUAUAGUAGACCUGAUUGGGGAUCAUAUUGAUCUCUUCAGAAGAAAUCAGAUUGUAAUUGGAAGGGAUGUCAUGAACACAUUAUCUUCUGAGGAACGGGACGAGAAGUUGAAACGACAUCUCAUGGCCUCCAAAGAGCUUCACCCUGCUUUGAUAUCCUCAGAGUGUGAGUACAAGGUAAUUCAGCAGCUCAUGGGUGGGCUUUUAGCUGUUGUGUUAAGGCCAACUGAAGCCCGAUGCCCAUUAAUUCCAUGUAUUGCUCGUGAACUGUUAACUUGCUUGAUAAUACAACCUCUUGUGAAUUUCGCCAAUCCCGUGUAUAUCAAUGAGUUAAUUGAAUACAUAAUUGCACUGUGCACCGAGUGGGUCAAGAAUCUUGCCAAUGCUCGAUCAACAAAAAAGGCAGGUCAGAACUCUGGCCAAUCUGCCCCUGGAGAAAACGGUUCCAGCAACCAAGGGACUGGCAUGCCUCCAUCUCAGCUCAAUGAUAACAAGGAGCUAGAAUUAGGGGCCUCUGGAAAUACCCAACCUACAACAACGCAGGAUGAGCAUAUUCAUGCACGAUCUGCGGAGUGGGCAAAAGUGUUUGAGGCUGCAACUCUGAGAAGAACAGAGGUUCUUGAGCCUGAAAAUCUUGAUUUCAUGUGGACUAUAGGAAGAAACUAUAAAAAGGACUUUCAGAAAAAGGCUGCAUCAGAAGUUCAAGCCCCUGAACUUACUAGUUCAGUCAGCGUCAUAUUUCCGAUAAAAGAGUCGGUGCCUGAUAUCCAAACAGAAGAUGAAGGUCACAAGGACAGUUUCCCAAGUGAUCUCAGUUUUGCUGUCUCAAGCAGGCCACAGGAUAUCGACAAAAAUGUGUUUAAUCAGCUAGAGAAUAAUCCUAGUAAUAGAAAGUUUAAAAGAUCAAACAGCAUCUCUCAUUUGGAAGUUCGACCAAAACUGCAGCCUAUAAUUACUAAUGUUAGAGAUCUUACUCCAGAUGGCCAGAGGGUUUCAGCUAAGGCAUCAUACAAUGAAUAUGUUCCAAAACUCAGAUGUAGGGUUAUUGGAGCAUACUUUGAGAAACUUGGAUCAACUUCUUUUGCAGUUUACUCGAUUGCUGUGACAGGUGCUAACAAUAUCACUUGGUUUGUGAAAAGAAGAUAUCGAAAUUUUGAGAGAUUGCAUAGGCAUCUUAGGGACAUUCCUAAUUAUACAUUGCAAUUGCCUCCAAAAAGGAUAUUCUCUUCUAGCACGGAAGAUUCGUUUGUUCACCAGCGUUGUAUCCAGCUUGACAAGUAUCUCCAAGAUCUCUUGUCAAUUCCCAAUGUUUCAGAGCAACAUGAAGUAUGGGAUUUUCUAAGUUCCUCAUCUAAGAAAUACUCAUUCGGGAAAUCGACUUCAGUGAUAACAACGCUAGCAGCUACUUCUGAACCGCCAUCUUCAUUUGCAACCAAAACUGUGGCCUGGCAUUCUGAUGAUGUGAAUAAGCUUUUUAUGAAGCCAAAUACUGAUUCACAUAACAGUUUUUCUGAUAAUGAGGAAGGUGAUAAAGAUAUAAUCCAUGGGCAACACGAAGCAGAAAACUCUUCCCAUGCGAAUGGAGGGCAGUUCGACGGUGAACUGAAAGAGGAUCCAACCGGGGUGCCUCCAGAGUGGACACCACCAAAUUUAAGUGUUCCAGUUCUAAAUUUAGUUGACAAUGUCUUCCAGCUCAAAAGAAGAGGCUGGCUAAGGAGGCAGGUUUUUUGGAUAUCAAAGCAAAUAUUGCAGUUGAUCAUGGAAGAUGCCAUUGAUGACUGGCUUUUGAGACAAAUCCAAUGGCUCCGAAAAGAGGAGGUCAUCUCACAAGGGAUUCGGUUGCUCCAGGACCUUCUGUGGCCCGGUGGAAAAUUCUUUCUGACGUUCCGCAUUCAAUCAAAACUUAACAAUGACAAUAAGGGAUCACAAACUACAAGUCAGCAAGGUGGGAGGAAUGUCGCUCAGCCUCCAACUUUCGAGCAACAGCUUGAGGCAGCUCGCAGAGCUAGUGAUGUGAAGAAGAUCAUCUUCGAUGGUGCUCCAGCUGCCUUGGUCAGCUUGAUCGGGCAUAAGCAGUACAAACGUUGUGCUCGUGAUAUAUACUAUUUCCUUCAGGUACGCGCUAAAUAUAUUUUGAAAACAGCUAUAGUUUUAUGUAAAAAAAUUUUGGUGUGGAUUGCAGUCUACAAUAUGUUUGAAGCAACUUGGGUAUGCAAUUCUGGAGCUUGUUCUGACAACAAUAUUUCCAGAAAUGUGUGAGCUGGUGAGAGAUAUCCAUGAAAAGAUGCAUAUGCAGCACUCACAGUUUUGAACUUUGUUAUAUGUCAAGAAUUAGUGUAGUACUCGAUUUAACUUCAUUUUUUUUAUAAUUAUCAUUAUUAUUUAUUCUUAUUGGAAUUUCUCCGUUCAAGUAUUCAUAGGAUAUGUAAACACGGCAGAAUACGUAGGACUCUUUCUGAUUACCACUUCUUAUUUUUCUAUUUAAAGACAAGAAACAUUGUUCCUCACGCAAUUUGUGACUUCUUAUCUAUAAAUUGUUAGUGCGAA